AUGUUGCCCUUAAGUGUCGACGCAACUUCUUCUUUCGAUUGUUCAUUUCCAUUCCUUAAUUGUUUCCUUCCCCUAUUCCCCCGCCCAGACUCUGUAGACGGCCUCUGUUGUCGACUGACGCAGCCCUGCCCACGCACAUACACCCCACCCGUGCAGUUCCGCGAUCUGGAGGUCAAUCGGAAGAGUAUACAGCUCGUGAAAAAACUUGGCCAUGGCAGUUUUGGCGAAGUUCACUUGGCCGUGCGAAACAAAAACUACCAGGUUGCCGUCAAAGUCCUCCUCAACAACGUCAAUAGCCAGAACGCCAUGGAUCGUAAUAAGUUCCUGGAUGAGGCCAAAGUGAUGCACAAACUGCGUCAUCCUCGCAUCGUCACUCUCCUGGGUGUCUGCACGGAGCCGCCGGAGGAACCAGUGUUCAUAAUUGUCGAGUACAUGCAGAAGGGAGCACUCUCGGACUUCCUGCAUCGGCCCGAGGGACAGAAGCUCGUCUUUGCCGAUCUAAUUGGCAUCAUAUCUCAGGUAUGUGUCUGCUCGUUCUCCCAUUGCUUCAUUUAUUGUUCUGCUGUCUGCUUCUCUUUAUAA